UGACUAUGCUUUCUGUCUUCGUUGUUUACAGACAUGGAAUCGAAUACUGAUACUAUCAUGGACGUGGAAAGAGGUGCAGGGAGAAACAAAAGGAAGUGGUCUGAAGAAGAAGAUGAGAAAUUGGUCGAGUCUCUUAUAGAACUUGUGAACAAUGGAGCAUACAAAGCUGACAAUGGUUUCAAGCCGGGAUAUCUUGGAUUUCUGGAAAACUCAUUGAGCGUCAAACUACCAACUUCAGGCCUCAAGGGGAAGCCACAUAUCGAGUCUCGAAUAAAAACUCUCAAGAAGGAUUUUAAUAUGGUUUAUGACCUAAGAUAUGGAAGCACAUCUGGUUUUGGCUGGAAUUCUGAAAAUCAACUGGUCACGGCAUCAAGAGAUGUAUGGGCUGAAUAUGCCAAGUCUCAUGUUGGGGUUUUGAAAUGGAGAAGCACACCAUUUCCAUUUUUUGACGAUCUUGCAAUAAUCUUUGGCAAAGAUAGAGCAACUGGUCAUAAUGCUGAAAGUGCAAUGGAGACGGAAGAAAAUAUUAAUCUAGAAGAAGCUGCUCAAGGAAAGAAUGAUGAUUCGAGUAUGCAAGCAUCUGAUGAGUCUACUUCUAGAAGGAGUUCAAAAAGGAAAAAGUUUGAUGCUGAACAAAUGGCUGAGGUGAUGUAUAAUGCUUCUAAAAUGAUAGCGGCUGAGUUUGCAAAUUCAACUAAAAUGAUGGCAGCUGAAUUUGCGAGUUCCACCAAGCUGUUGAUUGCUGCAGAAACUGAUAGGUUGGAGAAAAAAGAAAAGCUAAUGGAUGAGUUGUCAAAGAUAUCUGACAUUGAUGUUGUGCAAAGGUUCAAGGCUGCAAAGAAGAUAGCUGAUAGUGAAAAUUUGAUGGUUUUAUUUUUUGGAGCAUCGGAUGCAGAGAAGAAACAACUUGUGGAUGCUAUACUUGCCCGUGAAAUAUAAGCAUUACUGCACUUAUUUAUAAACUUAUGAAUGUUUCGAGACUUGUCGAUUUUUAUUUUGUACUUAUUUGAUGAAGUUCAAUUUAGAAUUUUGUAUCA